CACCCUGCCGCCACGCACCGCCUCACUCCACCGGCACGCACGCUUCCACUCCUCCGCUUUCUCCGCCACUCCGCGCAGGCACCAACGGUCUCGCCACCCCACUGGUAUUCCCAUACAACUCCCCCAAGUUGGCAUGUCUAGCAGCACCCGCGACCAGCCGGCGACCAGUGCAAGCGCAAAGGACGCCCGCCGCCGCUUGCGCGAGCUGGCCUUUGCCAUGGGAAGCGAGGUGGACGACCAGGCCCUGAUGGACCUGACCAAGUCAAAGGCUCACCGCAGCUACUACAACAAGGUGACAGUCAGCCCCGAUGGCCAGUGCAGCUACCCUAGCAACCUGCGCUACCUCGUGGAGCGGCUGGUGGGCUACAGCCGCAACACCUUUCACCUGCAGACCCUGAACCAGACUUCGGCCACCGCAGGCCAGAUCGUCACAGUCGACCUCUCUUCCAACUCGGUAUGCGAUCUGAACACAUUCACGAUGUUCUUCAAGGGUUCCACCACCACCACUGCUGGGUUUGCUGUGCUCCCACGCAACUGUGAGACGAUCCUGGAGCGAGUUGAGGUUGAGGCCAACGGCCAGAUCAUUCAGGGCGCGAGCGAUAUUGCUGCGGCUCCAAGCGCAAAUCAGACCAACGUGCAGUUUGCAAUCCAGAACUGGUUGGGCUUCCUGGGGUCGGUGAAACCCUCUAUUCUGGACACGAGCCUGAUUGGGAAUGUGCGACUGCGUCUGACCCUUGCCCAGCCCGUCAUCCUAGCCAAGUCCCCCACCUGCACCGGCGAGAACUACUCGCUGCCUGAUAUCUUCUUCACCGUGGAUACGCUCUCAAUCGAUGAUGGGGUCUUCUACCAGAUGCAUCAACAGUUCCUGUCGUCUGGUGGCAUGUACGAACUGCCCUUCCACCAGUACUUGGCUUUUACCUCGACUGGCGGCAUGAGCCAGACCACCAAGUUUAGCCUGAGUGCGCAGAGCCUGAACCGCUGCUGGGCAACGUUUCUCACCAGCGGUAACUUGCCCCUGGCCGCGGCGCCAACCACUGGCGCAUUCGUGGACCAGGGGGGGGGGGGUACGAACUAAACCUCCAGACCCCAUGUCCCAAAACCUCCCGAC